GCCCACGCAUCCUCGAUCAUUCGUCUCACGCCUCCACUGCCCGCUGCCUGACCGACGCCCACCCAGGCCUAAGAAAACCUCGAUUCUCCGCAGCGCUAGGGUUUAUUUCGAGUGCAAUGUCGGCGCCGUGGUGGGAUUCGGACUGGAAGGACCGCUCGGGGGUCGAGUACCGCACCUAUGUUGGCAACCUCUCCUGGAGCACCGAUGAGCGCUUGCUCAAGGACGCCUUCCACGCCUACCGCCCGCUCAGCGCCGAGAUCGUCACCGACCGGGAGACGGGCAGAUCCCGCGGGUUCGGCUUCGUCAACUUCGACGACGACAACUCGAUGAACAACGCCAUCCAGGGCAUGGACGGCCAGGAGCUUGGCGGUCGCACCAUCAGCGUCAGCCAGGCCAAUCAGCGCCCCCGCUGCUGGAGGGCAUGAACAGCAACUAGGAGGUCGGCCGCCGGCCAUUAAAUCCACCAGCUUAUCAACUUAUCGUCUCUGUUUAAGUUAUCAAGUCUCGUGUGGCAGUUUAAGCUAUCAGUCUCGUGUGGUGGUUUAGUUUAUGGUCGUCAGAUGAGAGGAACCUGCCGAAUGUCUAUCUAUCUGUGUUGCGCAUCGUUCGCUUAUGGCUGUUGAACAUGUACUAGGAUCGUUUAACCAACUGCUGUGGUGAAAUGCAGUAGUAUCGUUUAAUCA